CCGACAAUAUACGACAGAGUAGAGACAGAUGUGAAUUUUACGCCAACCGUGUCCUUUGUGCAAUGCAGCACCUUGUUCAUAUUGCAAUUUUUAUGCAACAAUCACAGUCUACCCAACAGAGCUUGUUUAGGGGAGUGGAGAGGCUUCGUGAUCAGAUGCGAAACAUCUAUUCACAGCUAUACUCCCUAUCUGUAAUGGAUGGAUACUCAUAUCGCCCUUCUGUAGAGCAUAGUGACAGACCUGGGAGGCCCAGAUUUCAAAUAUCAGCUGAACAACUGUCCUGUCUGAGAAAUGAAUUUAACAGCUGGGCUCAAGUGGCAAGGGAUCUUGGAGUUUCUCGGCAGACUGUCUACAACAGACGUAGAGAAUUAGGGUUCUCUUUGGACUUUGAGGGAUUUUCUAAUAUAAGUGAAAACAAUCUGGAUGUUGUUGUCCGUGAGGAGUUGAAUGCAUUCCCCGGAACAGGGGAAACAAAUUUGAUUGCUGGUUUGAGAAGAAGAGGUUUGUGGAUACAGAGAUGGAAGGUGAGGGAGUCAAUUGUGAGAGUAGACCCAAUCAACAGGGCAAACAGAUGGGCCCAGAGGAUUGUCAGACGUCCAUACUCUGUACCCAAUCCAAAUUUCCUGUGGCACAUUGAUACUAAUAUGAAAAUGAGGCGCUGGCGGAUGUGCAUCCAUGGCUGUGUGGAUGGCUUUUCUAGAGCUAUUAUAUAUCUAGUAGUAAAUCCCAACAACCUGGCUGCGACUGUCCUUUCUUGUUUUCAAAACAGCACCACUAAGUGGGGUCACCCAUCACGUGUAAGGGCAGACGACGGAGGUGAAAAUGUGGCUGUUGGGGAGUACAUGGAGUACUUUAGGGGAGCCAACAGAGGGAGCUUCCUAACAGGGCCAAGUGUCAGAAACACACGGAUUGAACGGCUUUGGAGAGAUGUUGGCAUGAGUGUUAUCAGCCUGUUCUCUUCUUUAUUUUAUUUUAUGGAAUUGCAUCUUUUACUUGAUUCUGAUUCGGAUAUUCACAUGUAUGCCCUUCACUACGUUUUCCUUCCAAGAGUGCAGCGCCACUUGGACCUAUUCAGAGAGAGAUUUAUGGUUCAUGCCAUAUCAACAGCUGGCAACCGAACUCCACGGCAACUGUGGACAUCUGGCAUGCUUGCCAAUUAUAACUCACCAAACUCUGCAGUCAGAGAUGUCUUUGACAGAGACAGAGAUGUAUUGGACAAUCCUAAUGAAUAUGGUGAUGAUCCAACAGCGCCCCCUCCAGAUCCUGACAAUGACACCACUGGAGUUGUUGUUCCACCAGUAAACCUGGAUCUCAAUGAUGAGUACAUUACAGCCCUUCGUCAUUCAUUUGACCCACUUGGAGAAGAUAACAAUUACGGUAUCAAUAUAUUUCUUCAAGUUCGCGACUAUAUUUCUCUGGCGUUAGCCAGGCAAAAUAGCACAUAAAUAUGCUUUUAACAUCCCACGUACUUGUCAGGUGUGCUACUGGUCAGUGGUUUAACAGGCUUCCCCAAUCAGACAAUGGUAAAUACUUAGAAAUUGAUCAAUGCCACUCAUCUCAUCAGAAACUACCAUUUGCCUGCCCUAAAUCAAGUGUCAUUCUGCAAGGGCAUUUAACAAUAAGGGUAUAGUUAUUAGUAUCCAUUUUGAUAGCCAUUAGUAUUCUCAAUUAAAUUAAAUUCACAUAAAUGUGGUAGUUAAAUUACAUGUUUACAGUAUAUUAUGGAAGUGGUGGGGGCCCUAGGAAGCCACUGGCUUUUCAAGUAGAGUCUCCCUAAAGUAUGACAUUUGGUAUUUCUGAUAUAUAUGCUGGUGAGUUGACAAAAAAAGUAAAAAAAAUAAAAAAGUUAUUGUUAUACAUUUUAAAGUUUAGAAAUUUGUAAAUAAACACUUUUGGAUAAGGCAAGUUAUAUGCCAAGUCUGUCUGUUUUCACUUAAAAAGCGUGAUAAUUUAGUUCUUAUUAAUGAAAGCAGUGGCGGAUCUAGGGGUGGUGACGGGGGUGACAUGUCACCCUCCUUUUGGGCGAAAAAAAAGUUUAAAAAUAAAAAGAUAAAUCGUUGCAAAUUGU